AUGUUGAGGCGUGUUGAUCCUACGAAUGUUGUUUUGGUGGCGUAUUUGAAAAACAUUGAUCCUACUGUUCAAACGGGGAUAUUGUUGCCAAGGGAAGAGAAGACGUUUAAACGUUCGAAGAAGAAUGAACCUGGUUCUUCUGAAAAGCUUGUAUCUGAAACCACGUCAAAGAAGUCUCCAAAGAAGAAGCCUAGUGAAGUUAAAGUGGUAAAAGAAGUAUUUGUUGAUGUGUCUAUUCCGAUUGAGCCUGUUGUUGAUGAUACUCAAGAGAAAGUGGGUGUAGUUUUUCGUGAAAUACUAGCUCCGGUUUCUCCAUUGUCUAAGAAAUGCAUGGCUGAAGAUAUGGCCAAACAAAUUUCUAAAAGGGAGAAGAAGAAGAUACAAAAGAUUGUUAUUACAACCACAUCUACAGAAGAUGAAGAUGAAUAA